AUGGGGAUGCCGACAGGGCGGGACCCGUCCGCUUCCUCAGCGCUGCUCAAGAGCCUGGGGGUCGCUGGCUUGAUGUGCAAGGCCAUUUUGGGUGGCUGGGAGCGCAUGCGGGAUGAGAAGUUGGACGAGAUGAAGCUUGACGUGCAGGAGCUUAUCCAGCAAUACUGCGAGGUCCGGGAACGGUGGAUGAGCGAAGAUUUGGAGUCGUGGCUUGCCUGCAACAAGGCGUACGACACGGUCCCCGAUGUGAUGGUGGAGAUGGUGUCAAGAGGUGCAGAGGUCUUCAUCAUUACCACGAAGCAGAAGCGCUUUGCACAGGCCCUCCUCGAGGACUUCGGCGUGGAGCUUCCGGAAGAGAAGCUCUUUGCCCUGGAGGAUGGCCCAAAGACGCAGGUGCUGAAGUCUCUGCUGGCUCGGCCCGAGUACAAGAACAAGAGCUUCCACUUCGUCGAGGACAAGCUUGGGACACUUCGGAAGGUGGCGCAGGAUCCGGAUCUGAAAGCUGUGAAGCUCCACUUGGCCUCCUGGGGCUACUGCACCCAGAAAGACAUCGAUGUGGUCCAGGCGGGCCUUGUGGAGGGAGUCUCGCUGCUCAGCCAACAGAGUUUGGAGGCCCGGCUGGCUGCGAAGCAGUGCUGGGAGGAUCAUGGAAAGCUCUUGGCCUUACAGGCCCGAUGGCGCCGCUUUCAGACCACAAAGCAGGAGGUGCAGCAACGACGGCGCCGGAGACAGCUGCGAGGCAUUUGGACUGCUGCCGCCUGGAUGGCGUAUCAGAUGUCCCGGCUCCAGCGGGAGCGCCGGCUCCGCGGCCGGCAGCGGCUGCUGGGCACCUUCUGGUGCCUGGCCCGAGCCAGGCAGCUGCUGUCAGCCCUGCGGCGCCGGGUGCUGCAGCGCCGCAGCCGCCGGCUCUGGGCAGCGCUGCGCACAGCCACAGCGCUGCUGUGCGUCCAGCAGCGCGCACACCGGCGCCUGCUGCGGCAAAAGCUUCAGCGUGCCAAGGGCGCCAUGCGGGCGGCAGGGUGGCUCAUGUUGUCCCUUCGAAGGAUUCGAAGUGCACACCGUGCAUCCUUCAAGAGGCACUUCAAAGCAAAGCUGCGCGCGUUGGCGCGUGUCCUGAUGCUGCUCGCUCUCGUGAAACGAGCAAGAAAGCAGAAGCGCCUGAGAGGCUUGAGGGGCUGCUGGCGGGCCAGCGCCGUAGCGUUGAGGAGCUGCCACCGCGCGAGGCGGCGCACGAAGGCGGCCGUUGAGAUCCAGCGGCACGCACGCACCUUCCUUGAGAGGGAGACCCUGACGAAAGUGGCGAAGUUGCGUGGCCAAAGGCAUGCCGCGCGCUGCUUCCGAGGGGUCGCAGAGCGGUACCAAGCCAGAGUGGAGAUGAUGCGGCUCAGGGCUUUGGCCGCGGUGUCCUUUUUCAAGAUCUUCCUGCCGAUCAUCAGCGCGCGGGGGGUGCUCAUGCAACUCCGCCGCGAGCGAAACGCCAGGAUGAUUCAGACCGUCACCCGCGGCUUGCUCUGUCGGCGAAAGUUCAAGGAGCUUUUGACCAGGAGGCAAGCGAACGCCUCCCGGGAGCUCAAGGCCUACCUGGAGGCUGCGCGGUGUCGCUUGAAGUUUGCAGAGUUCAGGAGGUGCGAGGGCUUUCAUCGCGCCGGGGCGCUGCUUUCGGAGACCAAGUCGCUGAAUGGCCUGCUGGGCUUCAGCAGUCGUUACACGCAGCUGCGGUCCAAGACACCUCAGACGCCGUCGCGUCGAGCGGACCCCUUGCGCUCUGUAAGCUCCAACAAGAUCAAGGUGGAGCCGCCGGAGCCGGUGGUCGCCGCAGAGGUCACCAGGUCCUUUGAGCUCCUGCGUGCUGCAGCUGGUCACAUGAGCCCCAGGAAGUCAGAGCCAGCCAACCCCGAGAAGCCGCCCACACGCAUCGUAGUGGCUCACAAUGGCGGCAACAUCACAGGCACCAGCUUCAAGACCAAAAGCGCCAGCAACAUGUCAGCCAGCAGCCGCCGCUCGAAGCCCCGCAGUGAGGCCAGCUGCCCCAGCGAGCUUCUGGAGACCCCGCGCUCGGAGGGCUGCUCGGUGUCCCGGGCCUCGCCCGCGGCCUCCUCGCGGUCCAGGACCUCUCCCAGCCGCGAGCGGCUGGCGCUGGAGAAAAGCGCCGCUGAGGCGAGCGCCUUGUACACCAGCGGCGCGCUCACCGGGCUGCGCAGCCCCCAUCGCCGCAGCGUGUCGCCGCCCAAGGAGUUCGUGAUUGACGUCGUGGAUCCCAGGGUGGCGAUGUUUUCCCACCGGUCCAUGUCUCCGGUGAAGAACCGGCGCCGAUCCCUCCCUCGUCAGGCUGGAGACGCUUCUCGCCAAGAGGGGCAGCCUGAAACUGCGGUAGCUGCGCAGACGCUUGUCUCGCCGGCCGCACCUGCGCUCGCUGCGUUGCCAGAGACACUGACGGCAUCUCAGCCGGAGGAACUCCCGAAGCUACCAGAGGCAGAGCUGGCCCCGCCCGAGCUGCCAGAGCCUCCUGAACCCGAGGACAAAGUGAAGCUCGACGAGUUUGAGGACUGGUGA